AUGGCAACAGGUCCCACUGGCGCUACAGGUCCCACAGGCGCUACAGGUCCCACAGGUGCCACAGGCCCUACAGGUCCUACUGGUUCCACUGGUCCUACAGGUCCUACUGGUCCUACCGGUCUUACCGGAGUAACUGGACCGACUGGGCCUACUGGUCCCACAGGUCCAACUGGAGCCACCGGGCCAACUGGAGCCACCGGUCCUACAGGGGAGACGGGGCCUUCCGGACCAACAGGACCAACAGGGCCUACUGGUAUUGCAGGUGUCACCGGAGCUACAGGAUUACAGGGACCGCCUGGGGAAGACGCGGACUUAUUUGAUGGCGAUUUCAUUUCCUUGAUUGGACUUCUCAUCGGCGGGCUGCUGCUUUACUCUUUGCUUCAGGGUGGUGGCGGCUUCAUAGGUGGAACAAAUUUUAUACCGCACCACCAGCCACCCAUUCAUAGCGGUAUUCAGGAAGUAGGAGUUGUCCCAUACAAAGGAUACUACCCACAGUAUUACGGCGUCAGCUACAGACAUGAAAUUCCCAGUAUUGCCCACAACAAUGGCCUGACCACCACACAAGUUGGUUGA